AUGAUGUCCUCCACCAACGACGAGGACCCCUUCCUCCAGGUCCAGCAAGAUGUCCUCAAUCAAAUGGCCAAUACCCGGCCAUUAUUCGCUUCAUACCUUCGAAUCCGCUCCCUUUCCACAAAUGCCAAUUCUCCAGAACUAGCCUCCGCCCGCUCUGAUCUCGAAGCCUCCCUAUCAUCCCUUGCCGAUGACUUGGCAGACUUAAUUGCAUCCGUCCAAGCAGUCGAGUCCAAUCCUGCACAAUUCGGACUAUCAGAACACGAAGUCACGCGCCGAAAGCGCCUUGUUCAGGAAGUCGGAGGCGAGAUUGAUGAUAUGCACGAUGAGUUGGCGAAGAAGGUGGACGCGGGCGAUCUACCCGAUCCGAAUGCCUUUGCGAUCGAUGGCGACCAUGAGGACAACUAUGCCGAGUUUGAGCAACAGCAGCAAAUGGAGAUGAUGCAUGAACAAGAUCAGCAUCUGGAUGGCGUGUUCCAAACAGUCGGCAACUUGCGCCGGCAGGCAGACGAUAUGGGCAGGGAACUCGAGGAGCAACGCGAGAUGCUUGUGGAUGUGGACAACGCUGCUGAUCGCCUCACCAGCCGGUUGGCGACAGGUGUGCAGAAGCUGCAACAUGUGAUGCGACAAAACGAGGAUCGAUACAGUAGCUGCUGUAUAGCGGUUCUCAUAUUUGUUCUUAUACUGUUGCUGAUUCUCCUCCUCAUCCUAUAA